AUGGUAAUGGUACUCAUGGGAGCAGCCGCGGACUGGAUGACACCAGGAAGUGAGUGUGGCGGAUACAUGGUGGCAGCUGUUGACGGCAGUCGCCUCGACUCCCUCGAGGGCCAGGUCUCGACCGUUGUGCAGAAGCUUGACAAUCUGACAAGUGUCUUGUUACAAUCUCGAGGGAACGUUUCUUCCUGGAGCCCGGUCGACUGCCAAUCGGAAACCCCGGUGCAUACAAGGAAUAUCGGACGGCUGGCCAUGGCGGCUGAGAUGUGCACACCCCUCACCCUUCCCAGGACUGCCACGCCAGCCAAGGAAUCGUCAUACGGUUGUCCUGCGAUUACCCCAUCUGCGCACCACGAGGACCUGGCCAAAGAUGACCAUCUCAGCGCCACAUCCUUGCCGAUCCGACUUUCGGCCCAAGGUCGUCCGCACUUGCCGCUUUAUGAAGAAGAAGAAGACGACGAGGACCCAUUGGCCAUGACCAUGUCGAUGGAACCUUUCCGUGCUCUCACUCGAGUGGAGCAAGAGGAACGGCUGAGGGCUGAGGGCCACCCUGCUGUGACAGGCGGUGGUGACAGGGGAGAAGAUGGAUCUGGCGCCAGGCCCGCCAAGAGACAGAGGACAGCCCAAGAUGAGUGGGGCCCGUCACCCAUCCGCGAGCUUCGCGGGCCCAUGGACGCCACUGCUGCGGACCCCGUGACACUUGGGCUGUGUACUGAGGACGAGGGUAUGGUGUUGUUUGACGCGUUUUUAAAACACGCCAACGGGUUCAUACCUGUAUUGGACCCCGACGUAGACACUUGGCAAUCCCUGCGUAAACGGUCUCCCUUUCUCAUCACAGUCAUUAUCUUUGUGGCAUCACGUGCUCACACGGCGGCGGGCACACCUGGCCACCGAGCAGACUUCUCCAGACAGUGCCAGGAGUUGGCAGAGCACAUGGCCCGCCUCACCCUCUUUUGUGCAGUCUCCACGCUGGAGACUGUACAGGGCCUGGUAAUCUUUGCGUCCUGGGCUGAGAAUGCAUGGCGGCCAGGUUGCCAUGCCAUGACGCUUGCCGUCGACAUGCGUCUCUACCUUUGCUUGUCCUCCCUGCAUAAGAUCCAAGCGAGUGCACGUGCGCCCAACAGCAUGCUCGAGAAGCAACGACCGCUCGUCGCGGGUGCUCGAGUGUGGCUUGGUGUCCUCAAGCUGACAUACGAAAUGUCGUAUAAUAACGCACUCCCCGUACCGUUUGCUUCUCCACUGGCCGAAAGUGCCCAGUACGCACGGGAGUUGCUCGACCAUCCGUUGUCCAACAUCUACGACAGCCGCUGCGUUGUGACCGUCGAGAUGCUGAUGACGCGUGAAUCGCUGUACAGGCCCUUUCAGCCGCUUUCCACUCGAUCCCCAGAACAAGUCGACGCACUGCUGCGCGAAACAAACAGAAUGAUUAGGGACAACUACGAAUACUGGACAGACUACUACGACCAUUUUUUGGUCAAGGAGCCCAAAGGGCAUACUGCUUGUGAGCCAACUGCUAUGCUCCUUCAACCUGACAGCAGCAUCUAUGGCAACUCGUGCGCCUGGAAUGGUGUCAGAACCGCCGAGGACGCUCUGCUUCUCUCAAGCGAACGUCGCCAGUGGCUCGCCACAGCUGUACGCUCCGCCGCGUACCUCGUCUCUAGCAUUGGCAGUGGUAAGCAGAUGAAGGAUUCGGAAUUUGCAAACCACUACUUUCAUCUCGGCAUCGUGUCCACGGCGCACUACUUGAUCCGCGCUUGCGAGCUGUUGCCUGAGGCGUGCGAGUUGCACCAAGUCAGCGUCGACCUCGACAAACUCCUUCUCAAGCUGCCGCAGUACCCCGUCGAACAGUUUGCCCAGGUAUUGCGUUCUGCGCUCCACAAGGCGCGGGCAGAUGGUGUCCUUCCGCACACCUCGUCCUCAGCCACAGUCGACAUGCCAGUCCGGGACAGCGCGGUGACAGAGGUGCUCAAUGAGGACAACCUAGCUGCUCUCGACACGGUGGCCAUGGGAUCCAUGGCGCACAUGAUGCCUGGCUUCAUCUCGUUCCCCUGGAACGACAGUAUUCCCCCUGUGGCUCACCCCACGCAAUCCGGUCAUGACCAGGAAGUGGCCGGGUGGGACAACAUGGUUUGGCUCGAGAACUUCAACCUCGAAGCGUGGUUCCCCUCAGACUCGAUAUAG